AUGAUUCAGACGAUAAAGGAAAGAAUAAGACGACCUAUGAAUGCAUUUAUGAUAUUUUCGAAAAGACACAGGGGUUUGGUUCACCAACGACACCCUAAUCAAGACAAUAGGACUGUUUCGAAAAUUUUAGGAGAAUGGUGGUAUGCUUUAGGUGCUGCUGAGAAAAAAAAAUACCACGAAUUAGCCUCUGAAGUGAAGGACGCUCACUUCAGAGCACAUCCAGAAUGGAAAUGGUGCAAUAAGGACAGAAGAAAAUCAUCAACAGGCUCGGGAAGGAGCAAAUUGAGUUCAUCAGGGGAUAUUGGUGAAACUGGGGACUUGCCAGCGAGCCCCAGGUUACAUUCCCCUCCACAUACAGACCCUCCACGACAAUCUCAAGAUCUUGAUCCUACUGGUGAUAUUUCGGACGACGAUCAAAUGGUAAUAUGUGAAGAUCCAGCUAUAGACAUAGAUCUGAAAUGCAAAGAAAAAGUUACUGACUCAGAUUCAGAAUCUCAAAGUGAUUUGGAUUCAUCUUUAGAAAACCGUGUGUUUCGUCGCUUCAGCCCUGUGACGACUAUCAACUGUACAGAAGUAACUUGUAGACCUAAACCAAUAAAAGCAAGAAUGGCGUCAACCGAAACCUCCAAGUAUAGUCCAGUACCUAAUCCCAAUGCAUUGAAUUUCCAUUACUCCCCUGUAAAUCCAUCUGGUGUUUUGGGUUUUCAACCAACAGGAGGCGCCUUCAAAACUAUGCCCGCAUCACCCAAAGUUAUGAAGAAUGAAUUCAAAAAUGAAACUAAUUCCAAUUCAGAGAAUUGGUCAGGAACAUCAGUUAUGAAUAAGACAAAUGAUGUAUCCCAGUGGGUAAAUUCAUCUACAAUACAGACAAACACUAUAGCAAGCAAAACCAACCCUACAUUUGCCAUACUAAAACCGCAGAAUAAACAAAAUGUUAUUCAGGUGAACAAUAGUAUUGACCAGAAUUUUCCAGCACAGCCUUUGACUGUUGUCAUUGGCGGGCAAUCAACUAUUUGUUUGACAAGUGAAAGUGAACCUUCUCAACCAUUUGUUGUUGUAGCUUCAACUGCUUCUGAUAUUCCAGUACAACUAUAUAUGCAACCAUCAUUCAACAUUCCUGUAUCUGAUUCCACUGGUCGAAGUUUGUCAUUACAGAGCCUUCAAUUAUUAUCUAAGCCACCUCAUACACAAUCUGUCAUCGUUACACAAGCUCAAAAUAAAGUGUCUGGAUCAUCACAAGUUGAAUAUCAAUCAAUGCAGAAUACAGUGGUUACCUCCAAUAAAUCGUAUUCUAACGUUUCCGGAGUUCUGCAUGUCUCUGAGGGUAAAGAAAAGGAUAUUUCAUUUUCAACUCCAACAGCUAUGAUGCCACCAUCAAGCGAACCAUUACUCUUAUCUGACCAACCAGUUCAUGAAUUCAAAUUAGCUCCAACACCUGCUCAGCUCGGAAAAGCACCUUUGCAGAGAAGACAGUCAGCAGCGGCCGUUUUUGCUAAUAAAAACCUUCAAAAAAAUCAAGAAUUCACUUCCGCCCCUACAUCAUUGCCGGAUGAAUGCAAUCAAAUUGAUUUGGUGUCUCCCUCAACUAAAAAAAGCUUUUUCAAAAGAACUAUAGAAGAUGGAAUGGACAGAGUGCUCGAGCAAGUUAACUUUGAAAAAAAAUUUACUGCUUUACCUCAAUUCAGGCCCGAGGAGGGGCAAUCUCCAAGUGCAAUAUCUGUACCAAGUCCAGGGAUUUUCAGCUAUAGUAAAAAACGACCUCUUACUGCCACUCACAGAUCUGAUGAAGAUUCUGAACUUGAGACACCACAAAGUAUUCCUAAGUCUGCAUCGUCAGGCAAACCUAUUGUUAUUGGAAAUCAGUUUUUUGGCCCUGAUUUCGAAAGCAUCAGAGGUAAGUUGAGUUAA